AUGGGGUGUGGCAGAAUCCAGAUAAUUACUUUGUGUUCACUGCUGCUUCUUUUUCCUGUCAUUCAUGGUUGGGGAACUGUUGGCCAUCUCACAGUUUGCAGAAUUGCUCAGUCUAGGUUGAGCAAAGCAGCAGCAGAUGCAGUGAAGCAGCUGCUUCCUGCCUAUGCAGAAAAUGACUUGGGCAGUCUGUGCAUAUGGCCAGAUCAUGUCAAGUUUAUUUAUCACUGGUCCUCUGCCCUUCACUACAUUAAUACUCCUGACAACCUUUGUAAUUACCAAUACAAUAGGGACUGCAAAGAUGAAAAUGGAGAGAAGGGGCGCUGUGUUGCAGGGGCUAUUAACAAUUAUACCUCACAGCUUCUCGGUUACAGUAGCCAUUCUUCUCAGCCGAAAUAUAAUCUCACGCAAGCGCUUCUGUUUCUUUCCCAUUUCAUUGGAGACAUCCAUCAGCCUCUGCAUGUAGGUUUUACUUCAGACAAGGGAGGCAAUACAAUUGAUGUUCACUGGUACACAAGGAAGCAAAAUCUUCACCAUAUUUGGGAUGACAACAUAGUCGAGACAGCAGAAGAGAGAUUCUAUGACUCCAAUGUGGAAGAACUGGUUGAUGCAAUUAAACAAAAUAUUACGACUGAAUGGGCAGAUGAAGUUAAGGGUUGGGAGGCCUGCAGCUUGAAUAAGACAGCAUGCCCAGACGUAUAUGCAUCUGAGGGCAUCAAAGCGGCCUGUGAUUGGGCAUACAAGGGUGCAGAAGAAGGUUCAGUGCUAGAAGAUGACUAUUUCCUCUCCCGGCUGCCAAUAGUCAAUUGGCGGUUGGCUCAAGGUGGAGUCCGACUAGCAGCCACCCUCAACCGUAUCUUCGGGUGA